UAGCCAGCAGCGUUCGCCGUCUAAUGUCCGCAGCCUCGUUUCUGUGAACCAUGUGACGUGUGUUUACAUCCUCUCAGCUGUUCCUCGGGAAAAACAGCGCUGGAUCUUCAACGCCACGAAAAUCUAACGACAGCGCGCUCGAAAACACCGACUCCGAUGUGCGUCCGGCGUGUUUCGCUCGCGCAGAGCCCGAGACCGAUCCAUGGCUUUGCAAAGGUAACAUCAGGUACAUGCAACACCUAGCUGAGGAAUCAAAGCCGGCAGGUAUCAGGUGUCACGGUGGCUCUGGCGCAGCACGGCUCCUGUUUUCAGGAGAGAAGGAUCUUGGCGUAGCUGAGAAUGGUCUGAGGUGAUUUGUGUGGGACACAGGCAUCACGACUGGGCAUCCCUGCGGAGAAUCGCUCCGGCGCUUUCAUCUGGAUGUGAGGACCGGUCUAGUUAUCCGUCUCUCACCUCCUCUGCAUUUUUUUUUUUUUUUUUUUUUUUUUUUUUCGGUUUGGUUUGUUUCUUUUCUCCGAGGGGAUCAUGGGGGGAGCAGUCAGCGCUGGCGAGGACAACGAUGAUUUGAUAGACAACCUGAAGGAAGCACAGUACAUCCGCACAGACCGCGUGGAGCAGGCCUUUAGGGCCAUAGACCGUGGAGAUUAUUACCUGGACGGCUACAGAGACAAUGCCUACAAGGAUCUGGCGUGGAAGCACGGGAAUAUACACCUGUCAGCGCCGUGCAUCUACUCUGAGGUGAUGGAAGCCCUGAAGCUCCAGCAGGGUUUGUCUUUCCUGAACCUCGGCAGCGGCACGGGAUACCUGAGCACAAUGGUGGGCCUGAUCAUAGGUCCGUUUGGAGUAAAUCAUGGCGUUGAGCUACACAAGGAUGUGGUGGAGUACGCAAAAGAAAGACUCGACGACUUCAUUAAAAACAGCGACAGCUUUGACAGGUUUGAGUUCUGUGAACCACACUUUGUGGUGGGGAACUGUCUGGAGAUUUCCUCAGACAGCCACCAGUACGACCGCAUCUACUGCGGCGCUGGAGUUCAGAAGGACCACGAGAACUACAUGAAAAUCCUGCUGAAGGUCGGAGGAAUUUUGGUCAUGCCGAUAGAGGAUCAGCUGACUCAGAUCACCAGAACCGGUCAGAGCUCCUGGGAGAGUAAGAAUAUCCUGGCGGUGUCGUUUGCUCCUCUUGUUCAGCAGAGCAGGACAGACGGCUGCAAACCUGAAGCUGUGGUGCUCCCGGCGCUGUCCGUGAGGAGCCUCCAGGACCUGGCUCGAAUCUACAUCCGCCGGACCCUCCGCAACCUGACCAACGAGGAGCACCCGGCCCGCAACAACACGCAGAGAUCGUCCCAGAAGCGCAAGCGCAGGCGCUGCCGCCGCCGCCGCCGCAUCAACACCUACGUGUUCGUGGGCAACCAGCUGAUUCCUCAGCCCAUGGACAGCGAGGAGGACGAGUGCAUCGAGGAGGAGAGCAAAGAGGAGGAGCAGGAGAAAGACACUGAGCCCGUCAAACCCGAGGAGCCACGGGUCAACCACCUCAGAGACAAAAUCCUGAGUCUGCCGCUGCCCGAGUCUCUGAAGGCCUAUCUGCUGUACUACCGCGAGAAAUAACACGCCGGCCCCUAGAAGCGUUCGUCAGCGCCGGUGCUCUCUGCUUUCCCUCUCAGACUACUUGAUUUCAUAGUUUUGUUUUUUGGGGAUAAUGUAGCAUAAUUUAAAGAUUUAAACAGGGUUGUGCCGUGCUGGCCAGAGACGUCGGAUGCGCUCGCGCUCGCUGUGUUUCUUCUAAUGACUCAUAACGUCGUCAUUUUCACAUUUCGAAUGUGAUUUAUUUUUUUCUUUCACUUCGGUGGACCUUGGGGGUUCGGGAGCUUCUGUUUGUAUCGAGGAGACGCGAAGGACGCUCUUUUCACAGGCUUGUAUUGUAAGACCAGCCGUCUGAUGAGCCCGGUAAUGACAGUUUUCUUUCUUUUUUUUUUAAUUAUAGGGAGAACGAAAAUUCGAGUCAUUAUUUUGGGAUUAGUUUUUUGCCUUCUUGUUUAUGAUGCUAAUGCUUUCGAUAUCUCUUUGGACCGUUUCAGUGAAGUUCAUCUAGAGAUGGGUUUUUUUUUGCCUGUGUUUUGCAUUACUGUUUUUUUUUGUUUUUUUUUUCUAGUCACAUUUGUAAGUACUGAUAUUGAGCUGUCACUUAAUAGAGGAUGUAAUUAUUAUUAUUUUUUUUUUCCCGAGUCGAUCCUAACACUCCACUUUUCUGCUCGUGGUCAUAAAAUGUAAGAGACGUCACUGUUCGUGUCGGUUUGUAAUCGGUGAUUUCUCACUGUCGUAAUAACUUGUUUGCAAUAUAUUGUCAGCAUAAGAAAUCUGUGGCUUACUUUCAGUUCUUCGGUUGAUCGUAGAGGAUUUUGUUACUCUGAAAAUGAAAUAUAAUAGAAUUUGCGUCCGUCACGUUUGUCACGUUUCCCCAAAACGCACGCCGGUUGAGAAAUUGGAAAACGAGCUGAAGUAUGUUUAAUAUGUUCAGUAGAUAUUGUGUUGUUUGUAUUCCUUAAAAUAUUAGCGUUUUGUUGUUUUAGUGCUGCCCUGAUGAAGCUAUGUAGCAUAGCAUAUAUUUAAAACGCACACACUAGACUGCAUAGACUAUAUAUGAAUAAUUUUGGUGAACGGUUCUUAACAUUGUGUGUCACCUGUUGCUGUUCAUUCACGUCUUUUGCGAUGGUUGUGCACAAAAGUCCUCCAGAUGUUUUGAGUUCUUCCUCACAGUUUUACUCAGGGACUGACAAAACCAUCAGAAAAGAUAAAGGAAACCGCGCAAUAUUGCGGCAUACAAAUCUUUCGUACGAUCAAAAUUAUUUGCUUUGUGAAUUAAUAUAUGUAUGUUGUGCAGCUUUUUCAGGGCGGUACUAAAUAUAUAAAUACAUUUAAUUUCUUAAUACUUUAUUCCUAAAAGAUUUUCAUGAUGCCACAGCUACAAUUUGCUAAAAAUUGAUUAAUUUUAGCACACUUUUUUUUUUUUUUUUUUUUUUUAAGUACGCUGGCACACAGCCACAAAUGUUGUGAUUUUUAUGAGGACUUUAAGCACCUUAAGUCAUCUCCUGUUAUUCAUGAAAUGAUAGUGAGAGGGAAACUAGAAUGUAAAGAUAAAAACCAAAAUAAUUUUUCGUAUUAAGGUUGGAUAUCUCUAAUAGAUCUACACCAGCACAGUCCAGAAACAAUGUUUUCAUCUUUCUAAACAGUAUUGCACCAGCUUCAAAUUCAAAGUGACUUCAAAACUCAUAAAAGAGCGAGGUUCGUGUGUUUUUUGUUACUGAGACGGCGCGAUGGCACAUUUUGCGUGUGAAAUUUUAUUAAACAACGUUUCCCUCCUGAAAAUAAAGACCAGUUGUGGCUAUUUUCAAUCAAGAAAAUGCUCAAAGCGUUUGCGAUUGAGAGAAAAAAACGGCAGGCCAUGCAAAAUCUACACAAGCUGAUCUUGUAAUCAUUUUCAUAAUUUUUUUAUAUUGCUUAUAGAGCGUAAACCGGACCGUUUAUCAAGGUAAGAGCAGUUUGUCCGUUGAUUUGGUGAUUGUUUGAACGCUUCAUGAGAUCUUAUUCCACAGCAUGGUGUCCUACAGACGCUUCCUGUCUUUUUCUUAAGUGUAUCACUGACUGUAAUUUGAUGCUAUGUUUCUCAACCAUCUUUUCAUUAAAUAUAUUUAUAGACAA